CGAAAGGGAUGUGUCAAUGGCACAUCCAUUUUAAUGGGACGUCAUACCGCAUUGAGUAACGUGGCCUAAGGUUACCCUUGCAAACUUGCUUUUACGGCACAGCGACUUGGCAUAAGCACACUCGUGAUUUCCCAGACGUCCAGAUGUUUUGAACUUCAGUAUUACGACACAGUCGAACGACGCGACAGCUUACCCUAAUGGCGACAGACGUUGGACAGCAAAUCAACACCGAAUACCGUCCUACUUCGGAUAAGUAAGGACGCCCUGAGAAAGAUCUCGUCAUUGUGCAAGUAUUUGCUGCUCCUGGCCAUGGAGAGCCGCGUCAGGAACAACCUAAGUGCAAUACCAAACACGCCCAUGGUAGGCCAUGACCAGCGCUGGGUGACAGUCAAGAUAUGGAUCCGCUCCUGCAGCACAGUCCUAGCAGCUGUGGCGCUAUGCCUGGGCAUCGCACUCUCACUAAGCUACAGCUUCACGGGAUUGGUCGUCAUCAUACCGUGUGUCUUCGUUAUCGCAUGGAACGCGGCCGAGUUCAUCACUGUCUGCACGCGGCGUGAUCGAGCGAGAGGAAUCAAACCAGCUGUGCUCAUCGGAGUCGAGCUCGUGAUGUGGCUGGGUCUACUCGGUGGAACGGGGUUUGAAGGAUAUCUUGAAGCAUACCACAGCAGUGAAGCUCUUUACUGGAUGAACUAUUUGGCAUGGAUCAAGGUUGAGGCGGUGGCUACUGUGUUGUUAUCUUUAUUGACCAGAGCGUUGCAUUUCACUCUCUUCGUGAGAGCUGCCGUCGAAGUGGACAGGAAGAAGAAGGACCUGCGGGUGCAAGAGUUGAUUCUCGCUAUACAGAAGCAGAACACGAAUAACGGGAAACCUCCCAAGAGACCAUUCACUGGCGGUGCGGAAUCUACGGUCCCCAUACAUGUUGCUGAAGACAACAUUAAGUACCGGAUGUACCCAGGACUUGAUUCACACAAGUUUGGCCAGCCAGUUGAGGAACUAUCGACUGGCUUACAUACACCAGCUUCUGGUUCGACUAGAAACUAGGAUGGAAAUUCACGUUAUUUUGUCAUAGUCAUUAGAGCUGGGACUUUGCAGCGCGCCGAGUUCCUCAUGAUCGUCACGCAGUCCAGUAUUUCGAAGUCAGCUAUGCGUGUAAGACCGAUUCCUCAGGCAGGCCACGCUCAAGCCGUCUUCACAACUGCUAACUGAACCCGACAUCAGUGGAAUCUCAUGAGACGACGCAAGACGUCUCUCUCCACUCUGAAAGCCCUAAACGUUGGGAGAUACCUGGAAAGCGCUUAGCCUGUUCUGUCAUUCCGAGGAUCUCUUGCACCGCCGGGUGGCCAACCAAUUCUACCAU